GAUCCACAGCUAACUGAGUUCAGCAGCUGACAGCUGGAAAUUGAAGAAAGCAGUUCAAAUUUAUUUUUUUGUGGAAAGGGAGUUUUUAAAAAUUAAUAUGGACACUAACGUGUUUCUGAUUUUGACCCUUGUUGUUUUAGCAGAAGCAGAUUUUAAUCUUCCCAGAAAAAGAUCAUGCGCCUUUAACUUGCUUGGAUCUGAUUGUGACUACACACCUAUGGCUGGAAUGAGUAAAGAUCACAGCUUUCGAAUGAGUUUGGAUGGACCCGGAAGGAAACGCAGUUCAACCAUCCCUCAAAGAUCUUUAAGGGAAAUUGUUAACAAAAGAAGGCAGUUAAGCUACAUAAAAAGUUUGCUUCAAGAUCUAGAUGACAAAUUAGAAAAGCUAGAAAAAAGAUCUUGUUUGAUCAACAUGCCUGGAUUGAACUGUGACUUCAAUCAGAUGGUUGGAACUGGAAAAGAUCUUGGAGUCUGGAGCAGUUUAGCCGCCCCUGGCAGAAAACGCAGAUAUCGUCGUGGUCUUCGGAAUCUACUUUAAGCGGACCAAAUAGCCGAUGAUGUUCUGUGGCUCAUCUCAAAUUUGAAAUGUUUCGAUUCUCUUCUUUAUCUGCUUAAGUUGUGCCAAAUAUUACUCGAUGUGUUCAACGCAUAAUAAUUGUUGAAUAAAUAUCCAUUUCGCUUAAUCAUGAGUAGCAAUAUAAAAGUUCCAUGUCUUCAUAUUUUUUGAAAAUGCAUUACAGUAAGAUUGUGAAGUCUUAAUCUAGAAUUAUUCUUUGUUUAAUUAUUGUCGUGCCAUUCAUGUCAAUAAUCUGUAAAGUACUUAUGUUCCUUUUC